CUCUCUCUCUCUCUCUCUCUCUCUCUCUCUCUUCCGGAUACAGCUCACCCACCACGGUGACUCCGUUGUCACCGUUACCAAGUUAAGGUUUUACAUUCCCUCUUCUUCUCUUUCCUAGCCAAUAGCCAUAGCCAUAGCCAUAACAAGAACCCUUUCGAGUUUUAACUCUUAGAUGUCCUCUUAACUCGUUGUACUUUGUGUUUUUCGAGUUAAUAAAAUCUUUUUUUGCCGAUCAGAAAGUAUAGCGCCAUAACAAGAUUGAGAGAGCGUGGGUGUGUGUUGGGUAGGAAAUGGGCCAGGAGAUAGCUCAGAAGCGCGCAGCCAGCGACGGCGGCCCGAGAAGAGGACCCAUUAUACCCCGCGGCCAGCAGCUCCGGAAAACGCUCAACAACAUCAAGGUCACCAUCCUCUGCGGCUUCAUCACCAUCGUGGUCCUCCGCGGCUACAUCGGCAUCAACCUUGGCGGCGGCUCCUCUUCCGCAGAGACUGACGCCGUCCGCCAGAACCUCCUCGAGGAGACCAACCGCCUCCUCGCCCACCUCCGAUCCGACACCGAUCCCGACGACCUUGACGACCCCCUCCCCGACACUUACAACUCCAGCACUUACCACACCUACACUCUCGGUGCCAAGGUCACCACUUGGGAUACCGACCGAAGCACCUGGCUCCAACAAAACCCGAGCUUCCCCUCGCACAUCCAAGGCAAGCCCAGGAUCUUACUCGUCACUGGCUCACCACCCAAGCCGUGUGAUAACCCAAUUGGGGAUCACUAUCUGUUGAAAUCAAUCAAGAACAAGAUCGAUUACUGCAGGCUACACGGGAUCGAAAUCGUGUACAACAUGGUCCAUUUGGACAACGAGCUAAAUGGGUACUGGUCGAAACUGCCAGUGAUCAGGAACCUGAUGCUGUCUCACCCGGAAGUUGAGUGGAUUUGGUGGAUGGACAGCGAUGCCCUGUUUACAGACAUGUCAUUCGAGAUACCAAUCGGGAAAUACGCCGGCAGCAACUUGGUGGUGCACGGGUACCCUGAUCUGUUGUACGAUAAGAAAGACUGGAUUGCCUUGAGCACCGGGAAUUUCCUGCUGAGGAACUGCCAGUGGUCUCUGGAUUUGCUCGACGCCUGGGCUCCAAUGGGGCCGAAAGGGCCCGUCAGGGAGGAGGCGGGGAAGGUCCUGACGGCGAAUCUGAAGGGCAGGCCGGCGGAUUUCGAAGCGGACGACCAGUCCGCGCUGAUAUACCUGCUGGUUUCGAAGCGGGGCGAGUGGGAGGACAAGGUGUUUCUGGAGAAUUCCUACUACUUGCACGGUUUCUGGGGCGAGUUGGUGGACGGUUACGACGAGAUGAUCGACAAGUACGAUCCGGGGUUGGGCGACAAGAGGCGGCCGUUCGUGACCCAUUUUGUGGGCUGCAAGUCUUGCGGGAGCUUCGGGGAUUACCCGGUCAAGAGGUGCCUGAGCAGCAUCGAGAGGGCGUACAAUUUUGCUGAUAACCAAGUUCUCAAUCUGUAUGGGUUCAGGCAUAGAGGCUUGUUGAGCCCCAAGAUCAAGAGGUUCAGGAAUGAAACUGUUAAUCCCUUGGAGUUUGUAGAUCAGUUUGGUAUCCGGCAGCGUUCGGUGCACGAAACCCACAAGCCUCGGAGCUAGAAAGGAGUAAUCUCAUAGUGAAUGGGUGAUGAUUUAGUCGGUACCAGGGUUUUAAAUAAAGUCCGUUGCUCAUCGGAUUGGCCGUUACAAUUGAUCCGGUUUUCAACACCCGAAACGGUUUACCACCGAUACCAUUACGUUUCCUGAUACCGCGAUUUAAAACCCUGGUAGGUACUGUAUUUUUUUCAGCUGAUACAAAGAUUUUAAACUUUCCAACAAUUCAAUGUAAGUUUUUCUUCUUUUUCUGUUUCCUUGUAUUUCACUUGAGCUUGAGAAAAUUUGAGCUGAAUUCUUUUGUUGACUUACAGUUUAAUCUCAAAAGGAAUAAAAUUUGUCGGCCCUGUUUUUAUGGCUGUUUUUCUUUC